UUUAAUUUCAUCUAUUCAAAAUGCAAAACAAAACAUUUUGCAAAAAUAUUGCAAACUUUAAUUCACGUAAUUGGUAUUUAAUUGUUACAAUUUCUGUGUAUUUCAAUUAGAUAAAUUAGGCGAGGUCAGCUGAUCUAAUAUUGCCUACCCUAUUACUUAUCUGCAAUUAUAAAAGGCAAAAGAAUAAUCAUGUCCAGCCGAGUGUGCUUCCUCUGCUGUCAGGUCAUCGACCCCGCUAUCCAAGAUUUCGCUAAGGAAACGAGAAUCUCGACCCUGUCCCAACUGCUCUUAUCGUCGUCAACCGAUGCUCGGAGGAAAGUUACUCCACAAUUUGACCAGGAUAAGAACUUCUGCUGUGAAUUUUGUCCAGUUUGUGCCCCCGUGAUAAGCGAGAUGGAGCAAAUCCGGUUACAAAUGUCCCUCUUGGAGGAGCAAAUUGAGCGUAAAAUUACGAAAAUACGCCAAGUGAUUCUACAAUCUUCAGAAAAUGGGGACGAUGGAGGAAACAAAAUUAGAAAAUUGAGAAGAAUUAUACUUCGAAUUACGGAAUCAGAAGAUAAUACGGAUGACAACGUUGUGCUGGCUGACAUACAAGUCAAACUUGAACAGGACAUUGGUCCCCCCGGAAAUGCGGAUGACCAAUUCUUUAACCAUUAUAAUUCCUUUUCGCCAACAGCAAAUGUGGAAAUUGGUAACGACGAGGGAGAGAUGGACCCUAUAAAAAAUGAGGUCGAGGAAGACCCCGAUUCCGCCUUUUGCAUCAUUCCUGAUACCCAAAAGAGGGGGAGAGGACGACCCCGUAAAUCUACUAAAGCACCACGAAUUAAACGAAAAAGAGGCGACGAUUCCCCUCCCCAAAUUGACGAAGAACCAGUAAAACCUGCACCACCCCGAAAGCAAACAAUAAAAGAAGAAAAUACUCGAUCCGAAACACGCUACUCUCCUCGAAUUAGAAAGCCAAUUCUUCCUUCUUCAAAACAUACCAAAAAAAUUCUCAAAGUUUCUUUGAAAAGGCUAAAUCUAAGCAAGGUAUCCACUACCUACAAAGCGGAAUCAUCAUCGGGUGACGAAGAUACAAAAUCUGAACCUGGUGACAACGAUUUGUAUACCCCCAAAAUUAUCUCUUCCCAAAAUAAAGGGAAAAAUCAACCCUCAGUAAAAAUCUGUCCCUAUAAGUGCACCACUUGUGGAAAAUCGUUCCCUUCUGACUCCGCGCUAAGCUCCCACAUCGCACUCGCACGUGACCAUUCUAUCCCUUGUUCUGUCCCGACAUGUUCUUCCUCAUUUCGCAGCAAGCAAUCUUUGCGGGCACACUUGAAGCGGGCCCACCCAGGAGUCGCUCCCUUCCAGUGCACCCUCUGCAAGAAUAAGUUCCCUCGCGAAAACUCCCUCGCCACGCACAUGGUCAUCCGUCAUGAAGUCGGGGAAAAGAAAUUUCCAUGCGUCAAAUGCGGAAAGAGUUUCGUGCUUGUCGAAAAUCUAGACCGCCACCUGAAACUGCAUGAAGUAGAGGAUAUCAAGCCCUUAGUUUGCCAUGUGUGUGACUCAAGAUUUGAGAAUGACGAGCGGCUCCAGCGCCACGUAGAGACGCACAAUAAUUUCAAGUGUGACCAGUGUGGGUUACCUUGUCAUACUAGGCAGGGGCUGGAGAGACACAUACGCCUCCGCCACACUGGAGAAAAACCUGAGAGAUGUGACCAAUGUGAAGAAUCCUUCAUCGACCAGCUCAGCCUUCGUCGACACGUCGCUCGCGUCCAUGAUUGCACGAGAGACCACGUUUGCGACAUUUGUGGGCUCGGCUUCCGUCUCGUGGACGAUCUGAAGCGACACUUAACAAGACAUGACGAUUCCAAGAAACCUGUCUGUGAAAUCUGCGGAGAAAAAUUUAUAGAUCGCUACAGUUUCAAGGCGCACCUCGUCAAGGAGCAUGGUGCUGACCCCUUUGUUUGCGAAGAUUGCGGUGCAAAGUUUACCAGGCUUAAUUUACUAAGCCAACAUAAGAAGAUCCACACUGGAGAAAAACCGCACAAAUGUCACGUUUGCAACGCUGCUUUUGUCUGGAAACAACUGCUAACCGCGCACAUGAGGACGCACACGGGCAAGCGACCCUUCCCCUGCCCCCACUGCGAGCAAGCCUUCAAACAAAGCAAACAUAGAAGUACGCACAUCAAGCGAAUCCACACGCCGGGCUACGUCCCUCCAAUCCGAUACCCGUGUCCCCAUUGUGCUAAGGGCUACGAGUUCAAUCAUUUCCUGCAAGCCCACAUCCGCCAAGUUCACACGGAAGAGCGGCCCUUCACCUGCGACCAGUCCGGGUGUGAUAAGGCCUUUGCUAAGAGGACGUCGCUGUACCUCCAUUUGAAGGGACAUCACGGCAUCGUGAUGGAAAAGAAGUGUAAGGAUAGGUUACCAAGGAAGAAAAAGGACGAGUUUCUUCCAGGAGUAGGAGACGAUAUAGAAUAGGCUUGGUAGAUUUCACAAACUAUUUAAAAACUUUUUUGAAAUUUGUAUUAUUGAUUUAUUUAAUACACAUUGAAAUGUGUACAUAAUUAUUACACUGGAGAUGUAGAUAUGUCUGUUUGCUUAGGAUUGUAGAUUGAAUUGUACAUGAACCAAUUUAAAUGCAUCCAAAUAUAUUUGUAGUAUUUAUUAAUAACAAUGUUAAGUGUUUAGGAAGGUUUAAAAUUUAGAGGAUACAAUUAGAGGAUAUUUGGAGGAUACAAUUAUUUUCAAAUUGGUAUAAGUUGUUACUUUUUCUGAUCGUGAGUUUGAUUUAUCUCAUGUUCUCAAUUUGAUUUAAUUCAUCGAUUCGUCCAUAAUAAGGAAACUGUUUCUCGAAAUGGCUACAUAAAUAAAUUACGUAAUUUCAUAUUUAUUCCUCUGUAAAA